UGGCUCCUGUCGAGUGCAGAAGCAAGACCAGAAGGACUGAGCUAAGGAAGCUGGGUGGGGGCGGGAGGAAGGUGCCACUGGGCACCCAAAGGUGGUCUUGUCCACCUACCCAGCCAUGGAAGGGCCGUGCCGCUUGCUGCUGCUGCUGCUGCUACUGCUCUUAGGGGUGUCCAUGGGGGAAGUGACAGAAGACUGUGCUACUAAUCUUUACACCGAGAGUGGCGAGUGCUGUCGAGCAUGCAACCUGGGUGAAGGUGUGGCCCAGCCCUGUGGGGUCAACCAGACUGUCUGUGAGCCUUGCCUAGACAGUGUGACUUUCUCCGACACAAUCAGUGCCACAGAAGCCUGCAAGCCGUGCACUGAGUGUGUGGGGCUGCAGAGUAUGUCGGCGCCUUGCGUGGAGGCUGACGACGCUGUGUGCCGCUGUGCCUACGGAUACUACCAAGACGAAGAGUCGGGGCUCUGCAAACCUUGCAGCGUGUGCGAGCCGGGCUCUGGCCUUGUCUUCUCCUGCCAAGAUAAGCAGAAUACUGUCUGCGAAGUGUGUCCGGAGGGGACCUACUCAGAUGAGGCGAAUCACGUGGACCCCUGCCUGCCCUGCACAGCCUGUGAAGAGACGGAGCGAGAGACCCGGGAAUGUACCCGAUGGUCAGACAGGGAAUGUGAGGAGAUCCCAGCCCGCUGGACAACUCGGACCACCCCUUUACUGGGCUCUGACAGCCCGCCCCCAAUCACCCAGGACCUUCCUGAGCCCCCAGAGCCUGAAGCCGAGGCCAGCACGGUGGCUGACGUGGUGACCACUGUGAUGGGCAGCUCCCAACCUGUAGUGACCCGAGGUACCACUGACAAUCUCAUCCCUGUCUACUGCUCCAUCCUGGCUGCCGUGGUCGUGGGUCUGCUGGCCUACAUUGUCUUCAAGAGGUGGAACAGCUGUAAGCAGAAUAAGCAGGGCGCCAACAAUCGGCCUGUGAACCAGACUCCGUCGCCAGAAGGGGAGAAGCUCCAUAGUGACAGUGGCAUCUCUGUGGACAGCCAGAGCCUCCAUGACCAGCAGCCUCAGACUCAGACAGCGCAAGUCCAAGCUCUCAAGGGGGAUGGAGGUCUCUACAGCAGCCUCCCCGCAGCCAAACGGGAAGAAGUGGAAAAGCUGCUCAACAGCUCCUCGGGAGACACCUGGAGACACCUGGCCGGGGAGCUGGGCUACUUGCCUGAGCAUAUAGACUCCCUCAACCGAGAGGACUGCCCUGUCCGGGCUCUGCUCGACAGCUGGGCUGCCCAGGACAGCGCCACCCUGGACGCCCUCUAUGCCGCCUUGCGCCGGAUCCAGAGGGGAGACAUCGUGGAGAACCUCUACAGCGAGUCCACUGCCACCUCCCCCGUCUGAGCGGCCACCGGGGCUCCCCUCCCUCCCCUCCACCCCCUCCCCUCAGCAUCCCACGGGGCGGAGCCCUUCAGAUGGGAAGGAAACUGGAGAGGGAGGAGAAAGUCCUUCUACCCAAGGGGACGUUCACCUCUUGGCUAAUGGUUACCCACCGGGGGUCUUCUCCCUCACUCCCUCAGCAGGUCCUCAGGCCCCCUUUCAGACUGUCUGACACUCGAGCCAAACCCCCAAGGAGCUCCAUUGGAGAGCGAGCCCCCUUCUCUCCAGAGAGUGGAGGCCAAAAGUCAGGGAGUGGGCUUCCAGGUCUUUUCCUCACUUUCCCUCUCCUGACCAUCCUGAUUUUCACCUGUGAUAGCGUCCGCUCCACCCUCAUCUCCACCUUCCUCUCUUUGUGUGGCUCCCCGCUCUCUACCCCCACCUGCCUCAUGGUGCACUGGAUGUCUGGCUAUGGAGAAGGGGCUUGGGCCGGAGGGUACGGGGUGAAAACAUCCUCCCCCCAUGACCACAAGCUCCAUGAUAGAAAGGGGACGCAGUAAGAGGCAGGAAGGUGGGAGUCCUAUGGACUGACACUGUGAACCCCGGGAGUGAAACACUGUUCUCUGGUGAACUUUUAUUCCCAACUGUUCUAUUAUUUCAACCCUACCCCGCUGGUCAGAGCCCCAGACAGUAAACAGUUAUAGACUAUUACCUGAUCAGACGUGGUAGGGACCUAAGCAACCAUCUAGCUCCCCUCCUCUUACAGACAAGGACACUGGGGGCCUGAGAAGGGGGAAUUACUUGCCCUAGAUCUCACAAACACCCGUUGGGGAUGAUAGAUUCUUCUCCCUAUAAGGAAAGUAGGAAAGGGGGGAAGAGUGCAGCUUCCCUUGCAGAUACAGGCUCACCCCUAGCCUAGACUUCUAGAUGUCUCUCUUCCUUUAUCAAAGGGACCAGGGCUGUGAGACAAGGCUAUUUUGAUCAAUGUAUGACUGAGUAAUCCUGCUGGUGGCUAUUACCCUUGCAAGGUCCCCCCACAUUUCUCUGUCUCUGUCUCUCUCUGAUUCUGUCUCUCUGUCUCUGUCUAUCUCUGUCUCUCUCUCUCUCUGUC